AUGUCGAACGACACCGUGAGCGUCGGCAAUGCGCCACUCGCUGCCACAUUUGCAGCCAAAGAUAUGCCAAUGCUUUUUGGCAUUGGAGUUGGCGGCGCGGCUGCUAUAGUAGUUUUUGGUGUUUUGGGAUACUGGGCAGUGAUGCGUAUAAAGCGACGUUACUCAACGUCGCAUGCCCUCCCUUUCCCUCACGACGGGACCGGGGAACAGUAUGAGAUUUGGUCGUUGGCUUUCAACGACCCCAGACGGCGCCCAAAAAAGACAUCUCAAUGCCAAGGCCAAAGCCAAAUUCAAGGGACGAGGACUGGGGACGAGGACGACAGACCAACUAACUAG